CGGAUGUCAAUACACAAGAUCGCCUUGAGAGAGAAGAGCCCUGCAUUUGGUAGCGUGGCACAGAUGAUAGUCUUCAUUUUCCCAGGUGUUUUGUGGUAGCACGAAACUUCCGACAGGCCUGAGUUGAACGGCUAGGCUAAAACGAUGGCUGGCCUGGAGCCUCGCCCUCAACCGGUCUUGGAUGUUCCAUCCAGCACUGUACCCCACAUUCAGCCAUCAGUGCCAGAAGUGAGUUUGAUAGAUGAUGACAGAGACCUUACAGAAGAUUAUGACAAAGAUCAAAGAAGUUACCCAUUAAGCUUCAAUCCUUAUUCAAGCAUCCCAACAGCAUCUCGCAGUACUUCCAAUCCUGCAUACCCUUUAUCAUCUACUUCAAGUCUUCAUAGAAGUUCCAGCAGUCCUGGCUUCAUGUUUCCAUCUACCCAGACAUCUGGAAUCAAGGGCAUGACUUCAUCUGUUGGAAUGAUGACAGUGAGGCCUUCAAUGCAAUAUGCAUCUGUCCCAGUUGGCUUACCCAGUGGUAAACCUCCCAUUCCUCAAGGUGCGGCACCAGGAGGAUCACUGACUGACCCAACUAUAAGAACUUCAACUGCAUUCCAAGGUCAGAUCAGGAUGAUGCCCUUGGACUCCCUACCUGAAUACCCCAAAUCUUCCUACCCAAGAACUAGUAAUGGCUUUUUCCCUUCUCAACCAGGCUCAAAUAUUCCAACUGGUCAGCUGCAUGAAGUGAGGGAAAGGUUUGAACCCAAAAACACAAUACCUGCACUAUCUGAUGUAGGGAUCCCAGGCUUUGAAAGUGUGAACCAUGCCCAAAGAACAUCCCCUCAAGGAAGUGUCCAGUGCACCAAUGAUAGUCAGCCUUAUAAGCUGCGCAGGAAUGGGUACAGAAGCUCUGAAUCCUUAGGUGAAAAUGUAGUGUGUAAUCUCCUGGCAGAACAAAAUCGCCACCUCAUUCAUCUCCAGGAGCAAAUCCUCCAACUGCUGAAGACUAAUCGCAGCACUGAGCCAGAGGAGCCACGUUGCUGUUGCAAAUGUCAUGGAUCCUGUAAGAACUCUCCCAGCCAUCAGGUGUCUGAGGGAGUCCAAGCAUCACCUGAUAGCACUAUGAAGGCAGGUAUCACCAAGAAAACUGAACAUGAAGCAACACAAGAAAAGAAGCUGGCAUCUGUUGGAGUGAAUACUAGCUUCAAUUGGGAAGAACUCCAGAAAGUAAUGAGAAGACUGGAAGAUGUCCCUGAGGGUUCCUCGCUGAAUAGUUCUAAAACAUCAGAAAAGUUUGAUUCAGAAGGUUCCAUAUGUGAAGACCUGAAUGUUUCAGCAACUACACAAGAAAAGGAAGAAGAGAAAUGUACACAAUCCAUUUCUUGCUCAACAGACAUUAACCAAGAGGCACUUCAGAAUCUUAGUCAUGAGGUGAGUCAAGAUGAACAAAACUUACCUGUUUCAGCAGAGAACUCUUCACAGACAAGUGUGGAAGGAUUCUAUGAACAAUUGAAGGCUCAGAUGAUGAAUUUGAUGUCAACUGCUCCCCCUGGAGCCCGUGAACAGUUGGGAGAAAUCCUUGAAUCUCUUGUACCCCUCAAAGAACAAGUAGCAUUAAAGGAUACAACUAAUAAGAAACAAAUUCAGGUUGAGAAAAGGAGAAGGAAAGGCAUCCAGCAGCAGAAAAAUAUUGAUGAAGUUGCUCUUGCAACAGCAAAACAACUCAAGAAAUUUGGAGUGAACUGUUUGGCUCGAGAAUUCAGUCCUGAGCAACAAAGCUUGGAGUUCAAUUCCCUUGCCAUGAAAUACCUCAAAGAUGACCAAUUGGCUCAACUUGCAAAACAAGGUCCUGGGCAUAGAAUGGCAGUAAGGAAGAUUGAAGCUAUCAAAGAAACCAGGGCCCCUUAUGAAAUGUCAUUUGCAAGUAAGAAAUACCUCAAGAAGUAUGGGUUACUUUCAGGGGAGGCAUCACCCAUCUCUUCACCAUCAAUUUCAUCCCUUGAAGAAGAAUCUUCAUCAGAGUAUGACAGUGAUGAUCCUCCAUCCAUGGAGAAGAAGGGUCUUCUAUUUCAAGCCCAAGGAAUGAAGCCACCUCCUCCUGUUAUUCCCAGACCAAGUUGGCCAUUUCAAGAUGUAAAACCUUCAGCACCAACUCCGACAGCUCUGGCUAGCAAUCGUAUUCUUGAUGUUGAAGCAUUAAAGAGGCAGCCAAAAUUGCUCUAAUUAGUUUAUAUUUGGCUAAUCUCAUGUUUUAUACAGUCCUGUUGACCUGUGCUCCAAUUUUUCUUUUUCAUAUGAGGCUUCCUGUGCAGGAUUAUGACAUGAUACUUAUUGGUACUGUUUACAAGACUUCAUGAUGUUUUUGCUUAUCUGUUAUCUGUUCUCAUUUAUCACCUUAGGUUAUCCCAAUGCAAGCCU